GCCCCCAAAUCUGAUCAAGCUCCUCUGUGACUGUUUGUUUCGGAGGCUGCAGGCCUAAAUGACCUUUACGAUUUGGCGAAAAACGCUCUUCUUGCCGACACUCCCUUACAUUCUGCUGAGAGUCAUCAAUUAUGCAGGGAAACUGCUCGCACUGAGGGGGAAGAUAGCAGCAACAAUAUGGCGACAACCGCAGUUUCUCCCCGAUCGUCUCCACAUCUGCAGUCCUGCCGCGGCUCCCCCGAUUCCCUGUAACGCUUUACAAACAUUUUCCACCCUCUGGACUACAGGAUGAUGCACUUGAGACCAAACAAGGCUUCAGAAAAGGGGCUGAUGCUAUAGCUGCUACCGUGGAUGGUACAAACCUAAAGACCAAGUAGCUGCAGGAUGAAAACAUGGCUGCACCCCUUAUUGCACCGCCAGGACCUGAUAGCUUCAAGAAGUUUACUGUGGAAUCUUUGGCGGUCCUUGAGCUGCGCAUCAAUGAGGAGAAGAACAAGAAGCCACCCAAGCAGGACAGCAGCUACCGCGACGACGAUGACGAGAACAAGCCCAAACCCAACAGCGAUCUGGAGGCUGGGAAGAGCCUGCCCUACAUCUAUGGGGACAUCCCUCCAGGAAUGGUGGCGGUACCACUGGAGGACCUGGACCCAUACUACCUGAACUCUCAGAAAACAUUUAUAGUGCUAAAUAAAGGGAAGACAAUCUUCCGUUUUAGUGCCACACCUGCCUUGUACUUCAUAAGUCCUUUUAAUCUGGCUAGGCGAAUAGCUAUUAAAAUUUUGAUACAUUCUCUUUUCAGCAUGAUCAUUAUGUGUACUAUUUUGACCAACUGUAUAUUCAUGACCUUUAGUGAUCCUCCCGAGUGGUCAAAACAAGUAGAGUACACGUUCACAGGAAUUUAUACAUUUGAGUCUCUUGUAAAAAUCACUGCACGAGGAUUCUGUAUAGACGGGUUUACAUUCCUAAGAGAUCCAUGGAACUGGCUGGAUUUCAUGGUCAUUUCGAUGGCAUAUAUAACAGAGUUUGUGGACCUGGGCAAUGUAUCUGCGCUGAGAACAUUCAGAGUUCUCCGAGCAUUGAAAACUAUCUCUGUCAUUCCAGGCCUGAAGACCAUUGUGGGCGCCCUGAUCCAGUCUGUCAAGAAGCUCUCGGACGUGAUGAUCCUUACCGUCUUCUGCCUGAGCGUCUUCGCCCUCAUCGGUCUCCAGCUCUUCAUGGGCAACCUGCGCCACAAGUGUGUGAUCUGGCCAAUCAACAUCACCGAGAGCUACCUGACCAACGGCAGCAAGGGCUUCGACUGGGACGAGUACAUCAUGAACGACACCAAUUUCUACUUCCUGCCCGGCCAGGCGGACGCUCUGCUCUGUGGGAACAGCUCCGACUCUGGCCGCUGCCCAGAGGGCUACACAUGCAUGAAAGCUGGGAGGAAUCCAAACUACGGCUACACCAGCUUUGACAGCUUCGGCUGGGCCUUCCUGGCUCUCUUCCGACUCAUGACACAGGACUUCUGGGAGAACCUUUACAUGCUGACCCUGAGGGCGGCAGGCAAGACCUACAUGAUCUUCUUUGUCCUGGUGAUCUUCGUGGGCUCGUUCUACCUGGUCAAUCUGAUCCUGGCUGUGGUCGCCAUGGCCUACGAGGAGCAGAACCAGGCCACCAUGGAAGAGGCCCUGCAGAAGGAGGAGGAGUUCAAGGCCAUGCUGGAGCAGCUCAAGAAACAGCAGGAAGAAGCCCAGACUGCUGCCAUGGCAACCUCUGCAGGCACAGUGUCGGAGGAUGCGGUGGAGGACGACGGAGGAGGGCGUCUGUCUUGCAGUUCCUCCGAGAUGUCCAAGCUCAGCUCCAAGAGUGCCAAAGAACGACGCAACCGCAAGAAGAAGUGGAGGCAGAAGGAGCAGGAGAAGGAGAAAGGUGACAGCGAGAAGUUUGUCAAGUCGGAGUCCGACGACGGCAGCAAAAGGAGCCGAUUCCGUUUCCCUGAUAACCGCCUGGGUCGAAAGUCUUCCAUUAUGAACCAGUCCCUCCUGAGCAUCCCCGGCUCGCCUUUCCUCUCCCGCCACAACAGCAAGAGCAGCAUCUUCAGCUUCAAGGGCCGCAGCAAGGACGUGGGCUCGGAGAACGAGUUCGCGGACGACGAGCACAGCACGGUGGAGGAGUGCGAGGAGCGCCGAGGCUCCCUGUUCAGCCCCUACCGGCGGAACAGCUACAGCGGCUUCCACGGCAAGAGGAACAGCACGGUGGAUUGCAACGGCGUGGUGUCGCUCAUCGGCCCUGGGCCCGGUGGACGCCUUCUGCCUGAGGUGAAAAUAGAUAAGGCAGCUACUGACGACAGUCCAACUACUGAGGUUGAGGUGAAGAAGAAGCUGUCGGGCUCCCUGAUGGUGUCUGUGGACCAGCUCAAUACCUCCUUUGGGCGGAAAGAGCGGGCCAACAGUGUCAUGAGCGUCAUUACCAACACACUAGUGGAGGAGCUGGAGGAGUCUCAGCGCAAGUGUCCGCCAUGCUGGUAUAAGUUUUCUAACACAUUCCUGAUCUGGGAGUGCAGCCCCAAGUGGAUUAAGAUCAAGGAGAUAGUGAACCUCAUAGUCAUGGAUCCGUUUGUGGACUUGGCCAUCACCAUCUGCAUCGUCCUCAACACACUCUUCAUGGCCAUGGAGCACUACCCCAUGACCCCCGACUUUGAGGCUAUGCUGUCUGUAGGAAAUCUGGUGUUCACAGGGAUCUUUGCAGGAGAGAUGCUUUUCAAACUAGUGGCCAUGGAUCCAUAUUACUACUUCCAGGAGGCCUGGAACUGUUUUGAUGGAUUCAUUGUGACGCUGAGUUUAGUGGAGCUGGCUCUGGCUGACGUCGAAGGCCUGUCUGUGCUGCGUUCAUUCCGAUUGCUGAGGGUGUUCAAGCUCGCCAAGUCAUGGCCGACCCUCAACAUGCUGAUCAAGAUCAUCGGUAACUCGGUGGGAGCUUUGGGAAACUUGACUCUGGUGUUGGCCAUCAUCGUCUUCAUCUUUGCCGUGGUGGGCAUGCAGCUGUUUGGGAAGAGCUACAAGGACUGUGUUUGUAAGAUCGCCGCCGACUGCGAGCUGCCCCGCUGGCACAUGAACGACUUCUUCCACUCCUUCCUCAUUGUCUUCCGGGUGCUGUGCGGCGAGUGGAUCGAGACCAUGUGGGACUGCAUGGAGGUGGCGGGUCAGGGCAUGUGCCUCAUCGUCUUCAUGAUGGUCAUGGUCAUUGGUAACCUGGUGGUGUUGAACUUGUUCCUUGCCUUGCUGCUGAGCUCGUUCAGCGCUGACAACUUGGCUGCAACGGACGACGACGGCGAGCCCAACAACCUGCAGAUUUCGGUCAUGCGCAUCAAGAAAGGCAUCGCGUGGAUAAAAGCCAACGUGCGGCUGCUGGUGGCCAGUCUGAUGAGGAAACCGCCGAUGGAGGACGAGCAGAAGCCUUUGGACGACAUGUACGACAAGAAGCUGAACUGCAUCGCCAAUCACACCGGGGUGGACAUCAACCGCGACCUGGACUACGCCAAGAAUGGCAACGGCACCACCAGCGGCAUCGGCAGCAGCGUUGGCAAGUACAUGAUCGAUGAGGACCACAUGUCGUUCAUCCACAACCCGAACCUGACCGUCUGCGUGCCCAUCGCUGUGGGAGAGUCCGACUUUGAAAACCUCAACACAGAAGACUUCAGCAGCGAGUCGGACAACGAGAACAGCAAAGAGCUGGACGACACCAGCUCUUCAGAAGGCAGCACCAUCGACAUCAAGCCAGACGUGGAGGAGGUGGUGGUGGUGGAGACGGUGGAGGAGUACAUGGAGCCGGAGCCAUGCUGGACAGAUGCUUGUGUGGCCAAGUACAAAUGCUGUGACGUUGACAUCACCAUGGGCUGGGGGAAGAGCUGGUGGUUCCUGAGAAAAACCUGCUACCUGAUUGUGGAACACAACUGGUUUGAGACCCUCAUCAUCUUCAUGAUUCUCCUCAGCAGUGGCGCCCUGGCCUUUGAGGAUGUUUACAUCGAGCAGAGGAAGACCAUCCGGAUCAUUCUGGAGUACGCCGACAGGGUUUUCACCUACAUCUUCAUCCUGGAGAUGUUGCUGAAGUGGGUCGCCUACGGUUUCGUCAAGUAUUUCACCAACGCCUGGUGUUGGCUGGACUUCUUCAUUGUGGAUGUGUCUAUAGUCAGCCUUGUAGCUAAUGCGCUGGGCUACUCCGAUCUAGGGCCCAUUAAAUCACUCAGGACACUAAGGGCCUUGAGACCCCUCAGAGCCUUGUCACGUUUUGAAGGGAUGAGGGUCGUAGUCAACGCCUUGGUGGGUGCCAUCCCUUCCAUUAUGAAUGUGUUGCUGGUUUGCCUCAUCUUUUGGCUGAUUUUCAGUAUCAUGGGGGUCAACUUGUUUGCGGGCAAGUACUACUACUGUUUCAAUGAGACGUCAGAGGAAUACUUCCCCGUCGACGUGGUCAACAACAAGACUCAGUGUCAGGAACUAAUAAGCGCAAACUUUACCGAGGUCAGGUGGAAGAACGUCAAGAUCAACUUUGACAAUGUGGGCGCCGGCUACCUCGCCUUGCUGCAAGUGGCCACGUUCAAAGGCUGGAUGGACAUUAUGUACGCAGCUGUGGAUUCCAGAGAGGUGGAAGACCAGCCCGACUAUGAAGUCAACAUCUACAUGUACAUCUACUUUGUGGUCUUCAUCAUCUUUGGCUCCUUCUUCACCCUCAACCUCUUCAUUGGUGUGAUCAUUGACAAUUUCAACCAGCAGAAGAAAAAGUUUGGAGGUCAAGAUAUCUUCAUGACAGAAGAACAGAAAAAGUAUUACAAUGCCAUGAAAAAACUGGGCUCCAAAAAGCCACAAAAGCCUAUUCCUCGACCACAGAACAAAAUCCAGGGUAUGGUGUUCGAUUUUGUGACGCAGCAGGUCUUUGACAUCUCCAUCAUGAUAUUAAUCUGCCUCAACAUGGUCACCAUGAUGGUGGAAACAGACGACCAGUCAAAUGAAACGGAGGUUGUCCUCUACUGGGUCAACUUCAUCUUUAUCGUAGUCUUCACCACAGAGUUCUUGCUGAAGCUCUUUGCACUUCGCCACUAUUACUUCACCAACGGCUGGAAUAUCUUCGACGUGGUUGUGGUCAUCUUGUCUAUCGUUGGUAUGUUCCUGGCUGAUCUCAUUGAGAAGUACUUCGUGUCACCAACCUUGUUCAGGGUGAUCAGAUUGGCUCGUAUUGGCCGCAUCCUUCGUCUGAUCAAAGGAGCUAAAGGCAUCCGGACUUUGCUCUUCGCUCUGAUGAUGUCACUGCCAGCUCUGUUCAAUAUCGGCCUCCUGCUCUUCCUGGUCAUGUUCAUCUUCUCCAUCUUUGGCAUGUCCAACUUUGGCUACGUAAAACAUGGAGCGGGUAUCGAUGAUCUGUACAACUUCGAGACAUUUGGCAACAGCAUGAUCAUCCUCUUCAUGAUCACCACGUCGGCUGGCUGGGACGGCUUGCUUCUGCCGAUCCUCAACUACCCACCAGACUGCGAUCCCAACCUAGAGAAUCCUGGCACUUCGGUGAAGGGCGACUGCGGUAACCCUUCAGUGGGAAUCUUCUUUUUUGUCAUGUACAUCAUCAUUUCUUUCCUAAUUGUGGUUAACAUGUACAUUGCCAUUAUCCUGGAGAACUUCAGCGUGGCCACGGAGGAAAGCGCCGAUCCACUCAGCGAGGACGACUUCGAGACCUUCUACGAGAUCUGGGAGAAGUUUGACCCCACUGCCUCUCAGUUCAUCACGUUUGCCAAGCUGUCUGACUUUGCCGAUGCAUUGGAGCACCCGCUCCGUGUGCCAAAGCCCAACACUAUAGAACUAAUUGCCAUGGACAUGCCCAUGGUGAGUGGCGAUCGCAUUCACUGCCUGGACAUCCUGUUUGCCUUCACGAAGCGCGUGCUGGGUGACAGUGGUGAGUUGGACAUGCUGAGGCAGCAGAUGGAGGAGCGUUUUGUCGCAGCCAACCCCUCCAAGGUGUCGUAUGAACCCAUCACCACCACCCUCCGCCGCAAACAGGAGGAUGUCUCUGCCAGAAUUAUCCAGAACGCCUACCGCGCUCACCUCAUCAGGCGAGGCAUCAUCUUCAAACGCCACACUUUCACUAACAAUAAGCUCGAGAACGGCGGGACCAACCAAGAGAAGAAGGAGAGCACACCAUCCACUGCCUCUCUCCCUUCUUACGAUAGCGUGACCAAACCCGACAAGGAGAAGCAGGAUGAAAACAAGGAGGAGUGGGCCAGGAAAGAGAAGGACAAAAACCAAAAAGAUGAGUGGGAAUCCAAGUGUUAGGAUUCAGUGACUCUGAAAAAUCCAAUAAAACACAGCGAGAUGAGACUCUGAGCCCAAACCCAACAAAUGUAGAAAAAGAUCAUUUGCAAGUAAGAAAAAAACAAAAACAAAAACACACAAAAAAAUGUUUACAUACUCAAAUACUACUGAGGCAAUGUGGUUUCCUAUGUCGUCAAAGACAGCUGAACCAAACACAAUCAGUUUACCGUGGAACUUUUGCUGCAUAGAGACCGAGUUCAUAGAAAUGAGGAAUAAAUACAAAAUGAAAAACAGUGACUCACCGUGUGCUGGCCAAUGGCACACGCUUCUUUGGGGACCAACUGCCAAGGCACAGAAAUCUCUGCUAGAUGAUUGGAGAAUUGCGAAAUCCCUGCCACCACCGAGUGUGGAAACCCCCGCAGCAAAGCGCCACUGCUGCGGGACUGGAUCAUACAGAUCCCAGUAGAACUGUAUUAGCAGUCUAAACGGGGCCUGUACCACUGAGUUUACCAUCUUUGUGAAGAAGAAAACAAUAAUCAACCGAGCAAGUUUAGCGAUGAAGGAAACACUAGCGAGGGAAGGGGAAACCCAGAAGUGUAGACAAAGAUUUUUUUUGUUUGUUUGUGCUGAGUAUACUUGCAUCUUUACAUUAUUUGAGCAGCAAAAAAAGGUAACAUUUAGCCCAUGUCACUGGUCUUUUCAUCUCCUCUUUGUUAUACUGACAUUGAAAAAGACAUUUUCUACAUGGGCUUUCACACUGACCGGAUAGGGGUCAUUAGUCAUUGUUUUGACUUGGGCUGAAGGAGACUUGCUCAGACCGAGUUCCAGAUAAAUAAUAAUUAUUGUGCUCGUUCAAUGCAUAGAAAUGACUUGCAUGAAGGCAUGUUUUGAUCAGGAAUCAUGCAUGAGUAAUCAUAGUCCACAAGACACUAAUUCUCAGACCACUGCAGUGGCUUGACUAUAAGUUUGAGGGUGUCCACUGAGGAAAUUACAAGACCUAUAAAUGGAAAAUGAAGAUUUUGGAUAAUGAUAUAUAGAAUAUUGGGGGAAUGAUAUCCGUACGAUCCUGCCCUUCACUAGUUUUCCUUUUUGUAGCGACGGAUCUUUUAAUUCAGCCCCUAAUUGAAACUUCAGGUGAAUGACAGAUGUAAGCACUCAGAAGCAAAGUCUCAGUCGGAUCAGCCAACAACACAAAAUAGUGAAAGGGUUUUUUUUUUUGCUGCUCUGAAUGUUAAUAGCAUAGAAAGAGUGUGGAGUGUAUGAGUUUUAGGAAGCAGAAUAUCCUCCUGUUGAGGAUGCACAGAUUUGGAGGGCCAUGCCAGUAGUCCUGAACCAAAUCUGGGGCUUACAUCUCUUUGUUUACUUACAUCCAUCCUACAGUCACCUUUCUUACCUACCUGUGGUCCCUGUUACGGCAACGAGAGCAGGUGAAGUUUCACGCCAAGGAAUCCAUAUCUGGCACCAGUAAGGGUCCGUUGUUCUCAAGUGUCAACAGGUAUGCCCUCUACUGCUGUAGUUCCUGCAGAGGGGACACAAAUAUGAACUUAAUUUUCUUUUCUUUUUUUUCUUUUUAGUGUUUUGUUUUGGGCUAGUGGAAGAACUGAAAACCGUGUUCAGGUGAAUACUUUAGGCAGUACUUUUACUGAUUUGUUUCACUGAAGUUCCUCUUUUGUACUUGGACAGGUCCACAUCAGAAUUUUCCAGUGAGGGAUGUCUUAGGCCGUGCUUUUCAGACAAUUUUGAGUAGCCAGCUUUAGGAAAAAGCCUUGAAGUCCUUCUCUGAUGUCCUUGUGAUGCAAUCAUACUCACAAAAGGCUUUGAUCAGUGAGAGUGACACUGACCAUCUAACACAGCAGAGUUAGCAGAGGAUUAUCACAAGGACAUGCCUUGUCGUGCCUAGCGUGUAUGGAAGGUGGAUGGCCAUGAAGGGCUCGGUGUUUGGACUGUAGAAUCAAAUGGUUUCUGUCUGGUAUUUCAGGGAGGUGGAUGGCUGAUAAAUUACACAGAGUAAAUGUGGACCAAUAAAAUAGGUAGAGAACCUCCCUUCAGAGUUUUCGACUGACUGCCAUGAGAAUAAGAGAGAAAGAGCAAGAGCAGAAGAAGAAGAAGUAGUGCUUUGGUCUGAGUCAGAGUGCUGAAAGUCCCAUGUUUGUCAGUGUAUCAUUGUGCUUUUGUGGGACCUCUUAAAACACUGUGUGGUGUUGGACCCAGGCUCGCACCAUCUUUUCACAUACCUGCAGGCUUUCAGAUGCUAUCACCUGCUUCAAAAGUAAAUUAGAUGGAGGAAGAAACGCUAACACUUGCGGAGUAAAAACAUCAGCAGGCCUCACAACGACGCAGCUAUGUUGUAUAAUAAGCUUUGUGGGUGUUUUUCAUAUUUUAAAAAAAAUUGAGGCUUUGUCAAGUGGUAGACAAGACACAACUGCCUCCAUCGGUGUCCUGCCAUUUCUUUUCUACACAGGAGUGAUGGUCCUAUUUCUAAGUGGAUGACUGGACAUAAAUCCAGCCUCCAUCGUCACACCACUGAUGCCAUUUGGUGUGCUUAAACACUGCCUGUACCAGAAUCCCCUGUACAACAACAACUGAGGUCUGUUUACAAUAUGAGGUCUCUUGAAUCAGUUUGGCUGCUGCACACUGAAACCAAAUACAUUCCCAAUGAGAACCACAGGAGGAGCGAGUUACGUCAUCCAAUAUUCCCAUGUUCAUCUUGGAUGUAAUGUUUUAGAAUGAUACAUUCACACUUGAAAAGUUUAAAAAAAACAAAAACAAAAAAAAAACAAAGCAAAAAAGACAAAAAGAAAACACAAAAACAUAUAUAUGUACAGUGCAGGCUAUGAUGUAAAUGGCACAAUCGCUGAAAAAGAACGAACUUUUUGAGAGAAACUAUAAAUAUUGUAUUAUAUUCUUUUAUUUUAUUGGCAUGCUUUGUUGUGUUUUUUGUAAAUAUGGAAUUUUAAAAAUGUUACUACUAAUAAUCAAAAAAUGAAUAAUAACAAUAAUAUAGAAUGGCUUCCAGCUAUGCCCUUUGUCACAUUUGUUACCUUUUGGAUUUUUUGAGACACUUUUCACUUUGUUGACGGAAAUUGAAUGAAAUAUAGAUAUUAUAUAAUACAAAAGAAUAUAUACAUGUAUACAUAUAUGUCUAUAUGUAUAUACGUAAAACAGAAGAACACUGUUUGUCACAUUUGAUUUAUGUGCAACACGUUCAGUGGAUGUCUAAAACUGGUUGUUUCCAGCACCCUUCUAUGUUGGGGAAUAGCUCAUGUGCGAUGUCACUGGAUGUAGCCUGAUCAUGAUGAAAGGAAUAAUGUUACCAGCACAUUUCUCACUUAACUGUCAUAUCUGUCACCUUCAGAGUAUACAGGACACAGUCACAGACACAAGCACUCAAAAGGUGACUCUCCUCACUGCCCACCAACUUUUACCGGUGAUCUCUUCCCGAAGGACAUCAGCUGGCGUGACUGACCGCCUCAUGCACCCCCGAAUCGGACUCUUCCCCCCCUCUCUCAUGCCCCAACACAUCAGUGCCAUUACAGCUCAACACACACAAACAACCAUGUACUUGCUUCUCAUCCUCACGUUUCUUUCGUUAACUGGUUUGUUUCUAGUGUUCCACUCAAUGGCAUGUGCCUUUUUUCUGCUUUUUCUGCGAAUUUGGAUGUCAAUGCCACACUGAAAAACAAACGAAAAAAACAAACAAAAAAAGUAAAGAAAAAAAAAGGAACUGAAAAAUGUAAAAAAAAAAAAAAUACAUGUUUCCAAACUGUGGAGGGUGAGGGGGUUUGGGGGGGGUGAGCACAACAUUAAUCAGGGAUGUGGAGUCAAAUACUGCCAGAGGAUCAUCCAGACACCCCACGUCAUCUUAAUAUUCAACAGUGUGUGAUGUUAACAGAAAAACAGCUAACUCAAAAAUGUCCUGUUCUUAGUGCUAUGUGUGUCACCCACUUGGCUUGUGAAAAAGCAGCUUGCCUUCUAUAUUUUUUGGUUUUAUUUCUUCUAUAUUUCUGUUUCCAUCUGAAAUUUAUUUUUGUAUCAAUAUUUGAUUAUAGGACUCAUUCUUUUUUUAGCAUGGUUUAUUAUGGGCGUUUUUUCUUUUUUGCUGAAAAAUUAAAAAGUGCUUUUCAAACUGUUGUUAUCAUUUGACACCGUGAUAAAAGAGGAUAUACAGUACAAUAUGAUGGUGUGUUGCACAACCACUUGGACUCUUGGUAAGAAUAUAUGAAAGAUUGUCUUCAUUUGAGCACGAACCUUUUUAUUACCAAUAAAGCAGCCUUCCAGUUACAA